AAUUCUGUUUUUUGUUAUAAUCCUACAAGCCUCUAGAGGCACUUACAUGGCUUGAUCUCCUCAACUUACUGCUCCAAUUUCUCCUAAUGGGACGCAAUCAAAUUACAACCACUAAGUUCAUCUGGUAAACAACCCAAGGGGGGAAAAAAUGGUGAUCUUGGUUUGUUUGCAAUCAAAAAUAGAGAAAUUUCAUAGCCAGAAAAGUUCUGCUGCUCAGAAGCUGAAUAAAAGAGAAAGAAAAUGGCCGAUAAUUCCAAUGUCAAGAAGGCUACUGUCGCUCAGGGAUCAACACAGGAUCAAACUUGUCAGAAUUUUAUAACCAACACUGUUAAACAUGGGCCUGGAAAGAUUAUUGGAAUCAUCUUGACAUUUGUUCUAAGCCAUCUUCUGCACCAUCUGCUAAGGCCUCUCUCUCAACCUCGCAUAACCUCUGAAAUUGUUAUAGGGAUUCUUAUUGGCAACAUACCAUGGAUUCGAGAUUCUUUCGACGAAAAAUUUAUAACAACACUCAAUUUUGUAGCUGAAUUUGGGAUGAUUUGCUAUAUGUUUGUGUUAGGAAUGGAAAUGGAUCCUUAUGUGAUCUUUAAACCACCAACUCAACCUGCUAUAAUAGCCUAUGCAGGGAUGAUAUCCACAUUUAUCUUAGCUUGCAGCAUAACCCCAUUUCUGCAUUAUACUAAAAAUGCAGACAUAGGCUUCACCCUUACCCUUUCAAUCACCCUCUCCGGCAGUGGCUCGCAUAUACUCACCCGGAUCAUAACCAAUCUUAAAAUAGGCAAGUCGGAUAUAGGAAAGCUUGUGAUUGCAGCAGGAGUGCACUCCGAUAUGAUAUCUAUGCUUAUCAUCUCCGUUGGAUAUAUUUUCAUAUAUCCGACCUCAAAAAUUUCUAAUCUUCCUGCCCAUCUUACAAAUGUCUUAACUAUGAGUUCUGCAUUACUACUUCAAACGAUUUUCGCAGCGACAAUUUCACCAAUCUUUAUGAACUGGGUGAACAAUGAAAAUCCAGAAGGGAAACCUAUGAAAGGUUCACACUUAGUGCUUUCCAUUGCCUUCAUGGUCAUGGUAUGCACUGCCUCUCCAAUUUAUGGAUACAGUCCCAUUCUCAGUGCAUUUUUGGCUGGAAUUUUUCUGCCAAGCGAGGGCAGGGUCUCAAAAUGGGCAGUUGGUAAAAUCAACUAUCUGCUAAGCACCAUUUAUUAUCCAAUUUUUUUCUUCUGGAUGGGGUAUCAUGCUAAUUUCCAGAAAUUUGAACCUGGCCAAUGGGGAACGUGGGCAAGGUUCUUUGUCCUUACGACAAUUGCACUGUUUGGAAAAGUGGUUGGAACAGUCAUCUGCGGGGCAAUAUUGGGUUAUCAUUGGCGUGAAUCUGCUGAACUUGGAUUGCUCUUGACUGCAAAGGGUCAUUUCCAUGUAUUUUUGGCCAUUCUUUUGGACAUAUAUGAAAUUACAACUACUUCAACCUGUACUAUCAUGGUUAUUGUGAUCUUCUUCACAAUUGUACACCCCCCAUCGAUUGUGAUGCGAAUCAUUGAACGAGCAAGGAAACGUGCACCAACCCAUCGAAGGGCUCUUCAAGGGCUCGAUCCCACAAAGGAGCUUCCAAUCUUGUUAUGUGUUCACGGAACACAUAAUGUUCCUUCAACCAUCAACUUCAUGGAGAUUUCUCGAGGGACAGCUGAUCCUGGAAUCUUGGUGUAUGUCACUGACAUGGUUGAACUCACAGAUCAAAUAGCUGCCUCAUUGGUGCAGAGUGAUGGAAUGGACACUAUGACAGUAACUGAUAAGCAAGUCACAGACAUGAGAGAUCAAAUCACCCAAACAAUACAAGCUUACGUGGAUGAAAAUGGAGAUGGAAUCACUUUGAGAAGAAUGCUUGCUCUUUCAAGUUUUAAUAGCAUGACUCAAGACAUCUGCACUUUAGCAGAGGACUUAAUGGUCUCCCUGAUGAUCUUGCCAUUUCAUAAGAACCAGUGUGCAGAUGGAACAUUAGAUGGGGGUCAUCCUGGGUUCCGAUAUGUGAAUCGGAAGAUGCUUAGAAAUGCCCCAUGCUCAGUGGGUAUUCUAGUGGAUAGAGGUCUUGGAUUAGCUGAGAAUAUAUCAACAACGCCAAGAUCCUUCCAUGUAGCAGUCAUCUUCAUUGGAGGCAAGGAUGACAGAGAAGCACUAGCCUAUGCAGGACGUGUUGCGCGACAUCCAGGAGUAAAGCUCACAGUGAUAAGAUUCCUGCUUGAUGAUAAUUCAGAAAAUAACAGAAGAACUGGAAAUUACAGAGUAAAUCUUGCAGAACAAGAAGCAGAAAUGAAGCUGGACGAUGAGUGUUUUGCUCAUUUCUAUGAAAGAUAUGUCGCAGGAGGGCAUGUCUCCUAUAUGGAGAAGCACCUGGCCAAUUCAGCUGAGACCUAUGCAACUCUGACAUCAUUGGAAGGGCAGUAUGCACUAAUCAUCGUAGGGCGAGGAGGGAGGGUGAAUUCAAUACUAACAGUUGGGAUGAAUGAUUGGCAGCAAUGUCCAGAAUUAGGUCCAAUAGGGGAUGUGCUUUCAGGGUCUAGUUUCUCACUCAAGACCUCUGUUUUGAUCAUCCAACAACACCAUCUAAAAGGAGAACUAGAUGGUUUGGAUGAUGAAUUCUCCAUCAUGUAAAUUUUCUAGUGAGAUAGCUCAAAAACUUUUAGGUAGAAAAGAGCCAGAGAGUAUUUGUAGAAUAGAGUUGAUAGAAUGGGCAAAAAAUUUCCAUAAUUAUGUAUUGAAUUGAAUCACAAGGAAAAAGGAUAGAUUUCAAUA